GUCAGCUAUAUAAUCCUGCGUAGGGGAACGGGGGGCGGAUGGUUGCCUGACGCGUCACCCUACCUGCAGCCUUCUGCAGCCUUCGCUAGCCCGCUCCUGCGCACUACUAGCAGCUCAAGUGAUGCCUUUCGAGCGCGACACGACUGCCCUGCUUGCGGAUGAGUUCCGCAGGCUGUCCCUUGACAGCGGCUGGGGCAAGAAGAGCGCCAAAUUCAAGAAAGAACGCGCGAAGUUCUACGGCGGCGCCGUCGCGCAGGACUUCACGACGUUCUGGGGGAGCAACGCGUCCCGCCUGGACGCGUGGCAAGACCUCUGCCGUCACUUGGGCAUCACAGACGUGCCUUCGAGCAUCAAGAAGUGCAAGCUGGCCUUGAAGCCCUUCUACGUCAACCUCGUCGACCUCGUUGACUCAAAGAGGCAGGGUAUCAAGCCGAGGAUAUUCUCCUCUGAGAGCGAACUCGCCGGCUACAUCCAGAAGACGAGCAAGAUAUUUCCGAAGGCGCAGGCCAAGACCAACCCGCUGCUCAGGCAGUUCCUAAUUGUCGUCUUCGGCUAG